AUGGCAGCCGCGCCCGGGGGCCCUCUGCGCUCCGCCGGCCCCGCGCGGGCCGACGCCGUCGCCGCCGCGCUAGGCCCCAGGCCGCGGCCCGCCGCCCGGCACAGGCACGACACGACUCCGGCUGGCUUCGGGCCCGCCCGCCUCCGCCCGGGCAGCUGCCGCUCACCUGCGGCCGCCGCGGCCGGCUCGCCGCCUGCCCGCGGUGCGGGCCGAGAAGGAGACGCGCCGACCCGGCCGGGCCAGGCCCCGCCAGCGCCGCUCCGCCGCCUCCCUCCUCCUCCCUCCCCCGCAUGCGCGCGCCCGACGCCGCCAUCCCGCCGGCGCGCGCGACCCGCGCCUGCGCGCGCCCCCCCGCGCCCAGCUCUUGGGGUUCGGCGGCGGCCAAUCAGCGCGCGCCCGCGCGGGUUCCCCCCCCCUCCCAUUACCCCCCCCAUCGGCGGGCGCCCCCCUUUACCCCCCUCCGUGCGCGCCACCCCCCCGGGACACGCACUCUCAGUGCUGCCCCCCCACGGUGUGCCCCGCCGGGGCCGCUCCCCCCUGCGCACCGGACACACCGGCUCGGCCCCGCGCACAUGGCGGCACACCCGGCCCCGCACCCUCGGCCCGCUACCCGCAUCUCAGGAAGCGGCGGGGGCACCGGGCCUCCGGGACGGGGCGGCCGGGCAGUGCCUCACCUGCGGGCCCCGGUGCCCCCGUCGGCCGCUGACCUCCCCCCCUCCCCUCCCCGUUUCCCCGCCCGGUCGGCCGCGGGGCCGGUGGGCAGGCCGCGGGCCUGCGAGCGCCAACAAAAUGGAGUCGGCCAGGCCCUGCGCCCCGGCGGGGCACCCGGCGGCUGCUGCCCGGCGGCAAGGGCCGCCCGCCCCGCCUCGGCCCCGGUCCCGGUCGCAGCGGGCAGCCAGCGGGGCGGAGGUCGUGGGCCGCCGCCCGCCCCCGCCGGGCUCGGGUUACCCCCUGCCAUUGUCCGCCGGGCCCGGCGCCCCGGCCGCGCUCCCCCCACCGCCCACCCGCGGGCCGGGCCGUCGCCCACCGCGGGGCCCGCUGUGCCGGGCCGUGCUGUUGCCGCGCCUCGCCGAGCCUCGCCCGCCGGGAAGCGGCGCCCGGGUGCCCGCGGCCUGGCUUGUCCUCGCCGGGGUUCCGCCGCUCCCGGACAGCGAGCGCCGCGCUCCCGCCCUCCCUCCCUCCACCGAGCGGCGCGCCGCCGGCCCCGCGCCCGCCCGCUCCGCCGGGCCGGGCCGCCAUCGGCGCCCACCGUCCCCUCCUCGGCCGGCCGGCGGCCCCGCGGAGGGCGGCGGCGGCUUCGUCGCUACCUCCAGAUGGGGGCCGGGGUCUCCGCCGCCAGCCGUGCGGGUCCGGGCGCCGCGCCACGCCGCCGCCGCACCGGCACGGCUGGGCAGGCACGGGGCGGGGGCGGCCGGGCGGGGGGCAGCGGCCGGGGCAGCGCAGGGAUGUGGCACCGGGGCGGUGCUGCCCGGGCUGCGCGGGGGGCAGGGCAGGGCCCGGCCGCCCCCCGGGGUGCCGGGCGGGGAGCUGGGUGCCGCCGCGGGGCUCGGCUCGGCGCGGCGCUGCCCGGGCGGACCCGCUCCCCCCGCCCGCCGCUGCCCUUUGUUUCCCCCCCACUACGAUCGGGCCGUGCGGGAGUCCCCGGCCGUGCCGGCGCCGCGUUCCCCCCCGCCGGGCAGGAGCCCCGAGCAGCCUCUGUGCGCACUGCGGCCGGCAGCGCCUGCUGCCCGGCACUCGCUGCCCGGCCGGGUGCUGCCUUCCCCGCCAAAAACACCAUUCUGGAGCGGCUGCACGUUGGCAUCUCAGCCGGGCUGCGGGAUCCGACCUGUGGGCAGCCCUGUGCCCUGCCUGUGCCCUGCCUGCACACGUUGGCAGCUCCUCUGA